AAAGAAAAAGAUGGCUAUCGGAUUUAACGUCGGAGAAAAUUCCGAUAAUUUGACUAUUUCUGUAGCCACCCUGUGAAUAAAUACUAUCCCUAUAUAUACGUCCCCUAAUUGGCUUGCCAAUCCCCACCCCACCUCCAAAUCCAAUCACACAUAGAGACUGAGGGAGAGUCGUCUCCUUCACCUAAAAACAAAGGAAUCACAUUCUUUAUGCUUCCUUUAUUGAUUAAUGUAUUGGAUAUUCCUGGGGACUGAGCCAUUGGUUUCUCUGUGAGAUUUUUAGAGAAUUCAAGCCAAAGUGUCCGCUGGGUUUCAUCAUAAAACAUGAAGUUCUGCAAGAAAUAUCAGGAGUACAUGCAAGCCCAAGAGAAAGAACUUCCUGGGGUUGGUUUAAAGAAGCUUAAAAAGAUUUUGAAGAAAUGCAGGAGAGAUUUUGAAUCCCAUCAAGAACUUGAAGGGUCUCCUUCUGCUGCUCAACACUGUCCUCAUCAUUGUCCAGUGUGCGAUGGAACCUUCUUCCCUUCCCUUCUCAACGAAAUGUCUGCAGUAGUUGGUUGCUUUAAUGAGCGAGCACAGAAAUUGCUUGAGCUGCAUCUGGCUUCCGGCUUUAGAAAAUACUUCAUUUGGUGCAAAGGCAAGUUGCAAGGAAAUCAUGUUGCCUUGAUGCAAGAAGGCAAGGAUCUGGUUACCUAUGCACUUAUAAAUGCAAUUGCAGUCAGAAAAAUUCUAAAGAAAUAUGAUAAGAUUCAUUACUCCAACCAAGGACAGGCCUUCAGGUCACAAGCUCAAAGUAUGCACAUUGAGAUUCUCCAGUCUCCCUGGCUCUGUGAGCUUAUGGCUUUCCAUAUCAAUUUAAGGAACACAAAGGUCAAGUCAAAGAAGAAGGCCCCUGCCUUGUUUGAGGGGUGCUCACUAACAUUUGAUGAUGAUGACAAACCAUCACUCUCUUGUGAGCUCUUUGAUUCUGUCAAGCUUGAUAUUGAUUUGACUUGUUCAAUAUGCUUGGAUACAGUAUUUGACCCAGUUUCUCUUACAUGUGGCCAUAUAUUCUGCUAUAUGUGUUCUUGCUCCGCUGCUUCGGUGACUAUUGUUGAUGGCCUGAAAGCUGCAGAGCCUAAAGAAAAAUGCCCUUUAUGCCGGGAGACUGGAGUUUAUGAAGGUGCUCUACACUUGGAAGAGCUUAAUAUUUUAUUAAGUCAAAGUUGUGCCGAGUAUUGGGAGCAGCGGCUGCAAUCAGAGAGGUUGGAGAGGAUUCGUCAGGCAAAGCAGCACUGGGAAUACCAGUGUCGAGCAUUCAUGGGUGUCUAGAAUAAAAUUUAGAUUUCAUAACUUCUUCCAGAUCUUGUCAUAAAUAAAUUUAAUCAGACUCUUCUCUCUUCUCGGUCAGGAUUUGAAUUAAUUGUGAUAUGUGCUCUUUUGAGCGUGGCUUGAUUUAGCCAAGCUUUUGUCUGUAGCUAGUGGUGUAUAAAAUUUUCUCGCUUGGAGAAAUGGAAUGAACGUUUUCUGCUGUAAA